UUAUAUUGCGAAUCAUUUUAAUUUUGUUAAAUAAUCAAUAAAAAAAAUUUAUCGUAUAACUUCGAAAUUCGAAUAUUGACGUCUGUCAAAGUGCACGUGUGCGACCGUUUGUUGAAACAAAAAAGUCUAGACAAUAACAUACCGCAUUACAAAAAAUACAUACACGGGGUUCAUGCUUAUUUGGCACGAUGGCUUUAAAAACAAAAUCCGUGAAUCCAAAAAAAGUGAAUUUUAACAGCGACAAUUCAUCGAGUGAUAUUGCUGGUAAAAGUAAACACAUAAUUUUUGACGAAGAAGACAAUGAAACGGAUGUCAUUGUUGAACCGAAACAAGUUCUGGCUGAAAAGAAACAUCAAGGAUCGAAAAAGAGUGAAAAGAAUCGCAAAAAUGCAUUGGAAAUUGGAAAAUUAUGGUAUCAAACGUUUGCCGAAUACAAUACGUCCGAUGAACUGGUUGAAAUGAAAAAUAACGAGAUUGAAGAGUUGACAAAUUACUGUGGAAAAUGUUACGAAGAACAGAAAACAGCAUUUGCGAAACGCAAUCCAUCGGAUGUAAAAUGGCUUCAGACUGCCUUACAUAAAGGUACAUCAAAAGAUCGAGCCAAUGCUGGCGGUUUAUUAGUUCAGUCAAAUCCAUUAGCAAAUUUGGAAACACUUGAAUCGCUCAUAAGUUUUACAAAACUCACAAACAAAAAUAGCACCGAUUCAAUAGACGUAGCAACCGAUUUGUUUAUUAAUGCACUUUUGCCGCCCGAUCGAAAAUUGUUGUCAUUUACAUUGAGAGGUGCCGAUUGGAAGGCGCUUAAAAAGAAUGAUAACGUUGACAAAAUGACAAAAGAUCAAAUUUAUGCAUAUUGGCAUUUUGAGACUAUCAUCAAGGAUCAGUAUUUCGAAUUUUUGCGAAACAUUCAAAAUGCGAUUCAAAGUGGUCAAGAGGCGAACAAAAAACAAGCAAUUAUUUGUGCAUCAAAACUAUUGUCGUAUGCACCGGAAAAGGAGCAAAUGCUAUUAUCAAUGUUAGUAAAUAAAUUGGGUGAUCCAUCAAAAAUGAUUGCAUCGAAAGCAUUGCAUCAUUUGACUGAAGUAUCAUUCAAGCAUCCAGCAAUGUGUGGCGUUAUUGCGAAUGAAACUGAAAAAUUUCUAUUUCGAAACAAUAUCACCGAGCAUGCACAACAUUUUGCAUUAUGUUUUCUAUCACAAUUGGCACCACAUGGCAAUGUUGAAGUGUGCACAAAAUUGGUGAAUGUUUCGUUGUCAUUUUUCAAAGUGGUGGUCAACAAAGGUCUUAUCAACAGCAAAAUAAUGCAGGCCAUUUUAUUAUGCUUGAAGCACUCAAUAACUGAUGUUGUUGAAGCGAAUAAAUCAAAACCAGGCAGCGACAGUGGUUUAAUCAGCAAGGAUACACAAGAUACAAUUUAUCGUUUGGUACAUUUUGCAAAUAUCAAAGUGUCACUGCAGACAUUGGCAUUAAUUCUUCAAAUGAUAACCGCAAUGGGUGCCGAACAUCAGCAUAAUCGAUUUUAUAAUGCAUUAUACAAAAAACUAUUGGAUCCAGAGUUGGCAACGUGUGGUUCAAAAUAUUCCGCAUUAUUUUUACAUAUUGUGCAUCGUGCCAUUCACGUUGAUCGAAAUAAAUCGAGAGCACAGGCAUUUAUCAAGAGAUUGCUACAAGUAGCACUAUUUUUGCCAGCACCAAUUACAUGCGGCUGUCUGAUUAUAAUAAGUAAAAUAAUUAAGGCACGAAGUGAACUCAAUCGCAUCGAAAUUCCAUUGGCAGUUGCACCGAAAAUCGAAGAUGACGUUGGCAAUGUUGAGAGCGAUGAACAUGGUGACACAACUGAACAUGAAACAAAAAUCAAACCAAAUGGCUAUGAUCCAUAUCACCGAGCACCCGAAUUCGCUGGCGGAGAAUAUUCCAUACGGACCGAAUUAGCGGCAUUGCUGCAUUAUUAUCAUCCAACCGUUCGAGUUUUUGCACAAAACAUUCUUGAGGAUAAACCAAUUAAAUUUUAUGGCGAUCCAUUGGUUGAUUUCUCGCUCACACAUUUUCUGGACCGUUUUGCAUUCAAGAAUCCAAAGAAAGAUGCCGAAAAUAAACCAGUGUCAAUUGUUCAUGCGUUCCAUCAUAAAAAUUAUACACCGCAUGGAAGCCGUGGUAAACCGGUGAAGCAAUUGAGUUCAGCCAGUUGUACCGAGGAUGAGAAAUUUAUCUUUGAAUUUUUGGAUAAGAAACGUGCACGACAAGCAGCACUCGGUUUGGAUCAAAAAGACCGCUUCGAAUCGGUGGACGAUGACGAAUUUGAUGCAUAUUUAGAUGGGCUCGGUGGAAAGAAAGGCAAAGAUGGUCUUGACGAUGAAGAAUUUGAUAUUCUUGGCGAUUUUGGCGAAGCAAAGGGUACGACGGAAGAUGAUGGUGAAGAUUGGGAUAGUGAUGGCGAUGAUGAUGAUGAUGAUGAAGAUGGUGAAGGCAAUGCUAAGGCAGAUAUGGACGAUGGCGAUGAAUUUGAUGGCAGUGAUGCUGGUUCGAUUUCCCUUGAUGAAGAUGACGAUGAUGAUGAAGAUGGUUCGGAUAUCUUUGAAAGUGAUGAGGAAGGUGAAGAAGAACUAGACAGUGAUGCUGAAGUUUCAGAUCCAGAGGAUGAACCAAAGGCUAAACGCCCGAGAUCAGUUAGCAGCAAAGAUUUCCAGAAGAAACUAAAGAAUACAAGCAAUAUGAAUUCGCUAUUUGCUGCAGCCGAAGAUUUCUCUGAAAUGUUGGAGGAUACUGGUAAAUCGAGUAAACAUGGUACGCUUGGUGAAAUAUUUAAUCAAGAUAAAUCAUCGGAGAAGCAAAUCGAAUGGGAGAGUAAACGUCUUAAAAACAGUCGAGCCAAUUUCCGAAGAAAGCCAACACAAAAACGGAAUCGUUCACAAGGAAAAAAUCGACGAGGCGAAACUAAUAAAAAUAAAAAGAAUCAAAUUGGCGGCAAACGUAAACAUAAGUAAAUUUUCUUUUAAUGUUAGCAUAACAUGUAUUCUCAGCUAUAUAAAUUUACUUUACGUAUAAGCUGGAGACUCUGUUGUCAACGUUAAAAACACACAUUUACAAUAAAUUCUGUUGAUUAUUAACUUUGGAAA